UAUUAUCAAAAUAAGUGUGUAUGUACACAUAUUGUAAGAUUGAUCUAAUUUUAUGUGUUUCUUGAAAUGAUUCCGCUUGUUGUUUGCACAUUAAUUUGGAACAACGAAAUGUGUGUUUAAUAAUCACGAUUCACUUGUGGAAUGAAAGGAAAAAGGUUUUGAGCUGCUUCCUUGGGUUUUGUAACAGCUUUCGCACAGAAGUUACUACAGAGAUGUUAUAUAUUACAUAUGUAUAUAUGCGUUCUCUGCAGCACUUGACCGGACAAAUGGACAGACAAGGAUGUCUGUUAAAUGAGUAUGCAAGUUAUACACAUAAACACCCAUUCAUUUGCAGGCUGAAUGGUUGUAAUAUUUUAUGUCUGACAUGUUUGGGAUGAGAGAGAGAGAGAGGGAAUAGAGCUGGAAAAUGAAAAUGGAGGCAUCAAUAUGUGCAUGAUAUAAAGACGUUAUAUUUUUCUGCCCUGUAUUUCUGAGAGCAUAUGUAUGUACAUAUGCACAUGUUUAACUACACCCUCCUCCAUGUAUGUCGUCCUUGUUAAUAAUUUCCCAAAUAGUUCCUUCUUUCGUGUUAGUUUACAUCAUGGCAUGGCAGCUCUUCUACUUGCUCAUUGAUUCCUAUUAAUGAUGGUUGACCUUGCUGCCAUUACACACACAUUUACUUUGUCUUUCGGUCAUGAUGGCCCGGUAUGUAGUGAACUCGUCAAGUGAACUUAAGGCUACCUACAUAUUCCUUGAUACAUCUCGAAUCCGAUCCGAUGAACGCAACGACCAAAGCAUAUAUACUUAGCUUCAUGUGAAUUUUUUUUACUUCAGGAUUGUCCAAGGCAUUUUUUGAUAAAUAUGUUGCAACUUUUUAAAAAUAAAUCAAGUGUCAAACUUUAUAGCUAUUUGAGAUACUUGAAUCUCGCAUGCAAACUCGACUUUAGUGUUGAGUAUGUACUAUACUAAAUAUAUAUCUGCCACACAUGAUGUCGCAUCUGUAAGAUAUCGGACAUAAAAGUACCUACACAUGUAUGAGGCAUAGUGCUGGCUUACAGUGGAAAUUGAAUCGUUUUCACGUUUAUGCGUAAAAGGCAUUACUUACUUACUGUAAAGCUAAUGCGAUCCUCCAGUCACAACAGGCCUAUGACUAUUAGUCCCGACCCGUCGCAUGAAGCACUCUCUGAAGAAAGAUUGCCAUUGCAGCAGAAUUUAUAAAGCAAAAGUUCAUUCGAUAUUUGUUUGGUAAAGAGGUAGAAGGAGAGCGAGAAGGGAAAAAAACAUUAAACGUCGCGGAGCGUGCUGCAUUUUUGCAGAUGCUGCCUACCUACCACUUCCCUAAAUCUCAUGUACGUAUGAAAAACCUACAUGAGUCUAAACACUGCCCCAAUGUCGGGUGUUGGAGCGAAUUCAGAUCAAAGUUAAUAAACAAGUUUGAACACGUUUUAAAGUCAGCAAUCAAAAUUUGACCGGUCCAAAUCAGAUUGAUAGUUUAACAAACACUAUGAGUAUAAUUUAUAAUCCGACGAGUAAUCACUCAUCGGCUGGACGUUCGCGCAGCAACAACAGAAAAGAAGUAGCUCCAAACGUUUUUUUUUUCAAAUUACUUAAACCAACGGCCUUUUUAAGGCCACCAGACCAUGGCCCCCAAAAGAGCCCCCCCUCCUCGAACUUUGAAGAAAAAUGGUCCGAUGGACACUUUCGUGUGGAAAAGGCCGAAACUGACGGUUCCUGUGGAGGAGUCAACGACAGGAGGAAUUGUAGAUAACGUGAGAUAUUCAGCGCCGGAUGCUGUCGCCGACAGUGAAAGAGGAUUCACUACUUUGUAUUUCAAUUUUAGUGAAGCAGGAGAAGGAGAUCAAUCCUUGGACCGGGACAGUGCAUGUAGAUUCCCUACAAUAAUUACUCACAAGACCGACGCUGUUGGAGAGGCGGUGAAGCACGAGACGAACAUCAUAGACUUGACGUUACGUGACGACGAUGAUGAUCCUCCACCACGAGUACAGACAUUGGAUAAUUCUGCUGGGAUCGAAUCUCAAUAUGGAUCUAGCGAUUUCUCAGAAGAUAGCGAAGCGAAUACGUCUACGUCAUCAACAUUUUCGUUGUUCAGUGGAGAAGAGGACCGAUUCUCGUCCUUUAGAGAUGAAUCUAAUCUCUUGCCGUCAUCAUUUGGAGAUGGUUUCUUAGAUUUCCAACCGGCUAUUGGACCGGUCCAAAACAAGGAAAAUGAUGACAGCGUCCCACACAUGAAAUGGGAAAAGCUGACGCCUCCGUCAAAGCCACAUCUCCAAGUCCCACGGGAAAAAUUACUGGACUUUUACCAGGCGGUGGAGUUGAAUUUAAAACUGCGGAACGACGAUCGUGUCCAUCAGAUGAAGAGAGAUGCAGAAUGGCGAAAACAGGAUGCCGUACUAUUCACGAAUAGAAAAUUGAGCCCAAAGUCAACAAUCCUUGGAUACUAUGUACUUAUAGGCCGCAGGCCUUACUCAGCUAGAACAACAUACCGGACAGAAAUGAACAGAAAUGCAAACACUGAAUCUGCUCGAAACAAAUCUCUCGCCAUACAAAGGACAUCCAAUUAUAAGACGAUUAUUAAGAAUGCACCUGAAUUGGAAAUUUUGUACAUCGGAGGUUUGUCAAAUCUCACAGCUUUAGAGUUGGCUCUUAAAUUCGGUCCGUAUUCAACGUCUGGAUCGGUCCAGUUGGGAUCAGUUACAGAAGACUGUCAAUUUUAUACCGGAAUUUUUAAUGGACACAGCAGAGGAUAUUAUGGAAUCCGCGAUGAUCACCUUUAUGACAAGACGUGUGAUUUAUACAAAGGGUCCAUAGGAGCGACAUCGAAUCCACGAAGUAUUUGGCAAAUUAUGUUCAGAAUGUGUGACAGCAAAACCACAAGAGAAAUAGCAGAGUCAGCUAUUAUGAUAUACUGUCGUCGUUUCAAUAAGAACUAUCAAGUUGAACAACAUUUUAUCACCAGAGUUCGCAAAUUGGAUGACGAUGAUUUGACAAAAAAAAUGGAGACAUUUGCUGACGACGGCGUCCCUCUCUUCACAAUCGUUCCUUUUUUGGACCGGUCCAACAAGUAUUGGACUCUGUUGGAGUUGACCACACUUCCACUACAAAUUGGAGCUAAUGAGCUUAUAAAAAUUUGGGAUUCAUCUAACCCUAACGCCGCCUUAUACCGUUUCCCACAAAUGAGAAAUGCAGAAGAACUUUUACAGAUGUACCCCAAUCCUCCUCUUUGUUUUUUCGAGGGAAAAAUUGACUUGCAAAAACGAUGCUUAGAGUUACAAUCAUCAAAAUAGAUUAGUUUAUAGAAAAUAGAGAAUUUUGAUUAUCUGUUAAAUUUUCGGUUAACUGCACAUUUGUUACCCGUUCCUUAUUUGUUACCCUCAAUUGAUAAAUUGAUAUAUAUCAGUAUAACAGAGAUAUGUACGAUAAGUUCCUUUAAUGCGUGCUAAAUUGCUUUUGGGAUUUUUUUCUCUGCUGCUUUCAUUUCAAGAGCACAGACAGAUAAGAGGAAGAAAUAGGCUAUAUUUAAAAAAAACUAACGGUGGAAUAACAAAAUUUACUGCAUGACAUUAUUUUAGCUGGCUAAUAUUACUUUUAGCUGUUAGAGUGCGGCUGGCUGGCUGGCUUGCUGCUGCUAUUAUUAUUAUGAUGAGAAUGCACAGAGAAAAGUCAUUCGGUUUCUUUCUUGGGCUGAGCUAGCUGACGCAUCCAUUUCCUAAUGUUGUACAUACCGUGAUAUGUAUGAACGACUCGAAUGAAGGGCCUGGUUUUGUGCGCCUCUGACACUAAGUUUUAGUUGGAGUGAAACUUUAAUGCGGUUUGUUAUGGUCAUGAUCGAGGUUUAGUCAUACUUUGCAAGAUUCAUAUUCUCUUACGGAACCUGGAUUUCUGCAUUAAUGCCUCUGCCAGUUAGGAAUACAUUAGGAUGCGGGAAUGACUUGAAAUGAUUCUGGUUUGCAACUGCUGGAAUGAUAUGAUACCCAUCCAAAACUGUGGACGUAAGCAGUUCUCUUCCUCCUUCUUAAGCACAUCUCCAAAUCUGUGAGGUAGUUUGGGCAAAAGGAAAGGCGAAACCUGGCCAAUGGAUUUCUCAUUUUGGCAAAACAACAGGUCCGAUGGGUUGGAGCAUUUAUAAAUACAUAUGUUCACACGUAUAUUCAUAAUUUCUUCCUAUCCAGUAUUCUUUGUAUCGCUAAAUACGGAUAAGAAGGCAAUUGUGAAUGCCCUCAUAGGUAAUGUUCAUAUAUAAAAAGUCGAACCUCUCUAAAGUCUGCAGUAUCCAUAUAUGUACAAGCAUACCAGAUACAGAAAUUCGUAUUUUGCAGGACGUUUGCUUCAAACUUUCACUUAAAAUAUAUAUACAGAAUAUUUUACCAACUAUAUCUUACGGUAAACAUGUCCACAUUGUCAAUUGAUAGCGAAGAUCUAUAAGAAUCAAAAUGUCAAAGAUCAUGAAAGAAGUGGAUGCACCCUCCAAAUGUAGAUGAUGGGCUUUGUAAAUUGUACUUUUUGAUAUUCAUUUUGUUGUUGUCGACGCGUUGGGGUUGGAGAAGGAUGAGAUGAGUAUUGAUCAUUCGACUGAACGAUGUGUGCAUGUAUCUAUGUACAUAUAUGCAGGUGCUUCAUUCAAGAUCAUUUCAGGCACUAUUUUAUAAUACAUACGAGUCUUGCCUUUCUAUCGACGUGUCGACAGAAUCACCCAUCUAUCAUACGCAGAUGUGUAUGUAUUUACUCCAAUAGCUUUUUUCGCCUUGUACAUACAUACAUGUGUAUGUACAUAUAAAUACAUACUAAGGUAAAUAUAUAUGUAAAGGUUGACUAUACAUCAAAAAAUAUAUAUUUAACGCGGAUUUCCGUCGUUUGAAAGAAAGUACUCGGCAAAGAUAGAUAGGUGGUUGUCUACUUUAUGAAACGAGCUUCGACGGAUAGAUAGCAAAGAAAUAUGAGACGUGAUCGCCUUAUAGUCCUCUCGUUCUAGUAAAUAUCAUCUUAUCUAAACGUUUCUCGUGCUGAAAAGUUUUCUCCUUCUACACACAUUUUUAAUUAACACUGAAUAGCCGGCACUCAUCGCCCCCAGCUUGUUUCUUUUGUGUAGCUGCGAGCGAAAAUUUUAUUUUGUCUCUAUUGUUGCGCAUAUGUAAAUGCGUCAGUGUUUUCCUUUAUAUAUAAAUAUAUAUUUAGUCUUUGUGCACCUGCUAAAUUUCUGGUGGUCAUUGUGUAGAGCGGCAGAAGUUAUGAAGUAAAAUAUAUAAUUAAGGCACAAGUCUUUAGUUUUUACAGCCCAAAGUUUUCCCUCGAAUAAGUGGCCCAGCGACGACGUUACGGAGAAGAGAAAAAUUGUUGGCAGGAAGCAAGAUCAAGUCUAGGGCGAGUCUGGCUAGGGUAUCAUAUAGUAAAGCCAUGUUCAACUUUUCCUCACUUGGAUGAGACGACGGCACAAGUUUCCUUGGUGAAAACUUUCACUCGUCGAAGAGGAGGAAGAAAGAGAAAGUCUUCUUCUGUGUGGACGCCUAGCUGGGCCAUUUAAUGGAGCGCGUCAUGGCUGGGCGGAGGUAGCCCCAGAGAAGAUUUUUGAUGCCCUCAUUUACGGCCACCUUGGGUUUCGAAAUUCCCUAUAUGUCUACUACCUGAAGAUAAGUACACGUCUGAACAGCGCCUCGCCUAUGCCCAACAAGGAGAUGCAAAAACUGUAAGAUGGGUUUGAAAAUAUUCUGCGGGACAGACAAUUCUCUCCUGGAGCCUGCCCCUCUUGCCUGGCGGCCUGAUACCAGGAAAAUUUAUUCGCAGUCAAAUCUAAGAUAUUUCCUUGUAUGUGUGUAUCUAUAUAUUUGGAUUCUUUGUGAGACUCGUCGUCCUCCUCCUUUUCGAACAAUGUUGUUUCUUGCUGAGAGGAUGAAAGUUCCCAGAGUUUUCAUCUCUAGUGAUGGUAUUAUGUCACAGGGUGACACUUUUAUCGGUUAUUUAGUGAAUGAUGUAAGGUCUCAUUGUGCCUUACUCUUGUCUAAAUUUCCAUAUUCUAUUGUGCAGUUUUCAACACAUUGCUAUUUGAUGAAACUCUUCUCUCUCUCUCUCUCCACUUUCUUUUACUCACUCUUCCUACACCGGGUGGUGGAUGUAAUAAGGAAUGGAUAUCUUACCACACACUUGGGCCUUAUUCUGUACGUCACUUUUUUUGCCUGGGUGGAUUCUAAUCUACCUCCACUUCUCGAGAUGUAUGUAUAUGUAUGUAUGUGUAGAGAGGAGAUGUUCAGUGGCUGUGUGCUACUUUUCUCCUCAGGUUGUUGUAGAGGAGGUAAUAAUAUGCCAGGAAGGAUCCCUUUUUUACUAUAUUCCUCGUCUGCUUGGUUAAAACAGAAAUUUGAAAUAUGACAGGAUGGAAGAACAUAAAAAAGAAGCAUACACUUCUCUGCAGAUGAUACGAUGACACUGGAUUUUAAGUGACUUGAUGCUUCGCUCGAGUCUUCACCAUGCCACAUGAUUUUCAGAAGGAUUUUCUUUCCUGAAGGUGCUAAAAUAUUUCCAGUUAAAAGGGAAAGCAAGCAGAGUCUCACUAAAUCUUUCACAUCCAGCCGUAUACAUGCACACACAGCAGCAAAACCAACCAACCACCGUCGGCGUUUUCAUCUCCGCCUCUCUCUUUGCAGGAUAUGUAUGCACUACAAGUAGUUGCUUAUUAUUGCCUGGCUUCUUUCACUCUCCAAACGAACUCAAACUACGUGUACCAAAAUUUGCUUUGCGUUGGAGAGAAAGCGAAAAAGGGGACGACAGCGGAAUUGGAGUGAAUGAGAUGGCAUGGCAUAGAGUGCUACUUACUCGGUUGAGAUGAAGUGGGUUGGUUUCUUAAGUUAUGAUAUUGGUGUAAAUUUAAAUGCAAAUUGUUAGAAAUGAGAUGCUUCCUUUACACCCUUGCAUAACAAAUCAGCAUUAUCUGGAUUUAUGGUCGCUCAGCGUUAGUUGUGCAUAGAACAUAACUUCAACGUCAAUCCACUCUUCGCUGAUUACUUGCGAUGUUAUUUGCCGUGUAAUAUUUAUUUAUUUUUGAAGUUGAUUCUGAAGGUGUCUUGCAAUUUGAAUUUUAAUUGCAGAAAAAUAAAUACGAGUAUAUCCUUCCUUCAUUUUGUUAUAUCUCUUCCUUGGAAAGUAAUAAGUACGAGUUGUCAGUAAUACGAGUUGAGGAGAGUACGUGUUCCUAGUCCCCGUCCCUGUUUUGUUUUAACUUUAAUUAAAUUUACGAAUCCACUCAUUCCUCUUGGGAAUAAUUACCUUUCAACUACUUAUGACUUAGUUAUUUUAUAGUCCCUUCUGUUUGAUCGUGUGCAUGAUACGUACGUACAUGUAGUCCUAUAAGCACAUAGUAGAACCCGGCUUGCUCCAUGAACCUGUCCUAUACGGGUACAUGGUUUACUCUCCAUAUCUCAAAUGCUGCAAGUGUAUAUGUUUAUGCGUAUGGUAUGAUGUAAUAUUUUCAAUGAUAUUAAAAUGAGCAAAACUUUGUGUUUGAGAUGGGUUUAGGUACUUGGCUAAUUAUUGCUUACAUGGCAAAAUAAUUUACCUAUUAAAACAAAAGUUUGGUGUUUGCAUAGGAGGAGGAGAAAGAGGAGGAGAAAGGAAGACGACGGAACUCGGUGCCGUGUAGUUGUUGUAAAGUCAAAUGGGAGGAAGUAAUUACUAUGUGAGACGGAAAUGCUUUGUAGGGAAAUGCUGGAAGCUAUUUCUUCAUUUCUCCGUUUGCACUAAUCUACUACAAUCCUUGAUGCUAAACUACCCUAAGUUACAGCAAAUGUAAAUGAUUAUGGGCCAGUCAUUCUUGUAUCUUGAAAUUGUCUUUGUUAAAUUAAAAGUACCCGUAGAUAAUGUAGUUACACGGGAGAGGCAAUCAUUUCUUAAUGGUGAAUACAACAGCUACUGUUCUGUGGAACUAUGCUAUCUUAGCUCUUGUGCCUCAGUGAGGCGGCUCCCAUUUCCUAUCUUAGAUUGCAGAGAGCCACAAGAGAGCAAAGUGGAGAGGAGAGAAUCUGCCGUGUUGCUGGAUAAACUGCUUCUGAAGCCGUGGCUGGCCUAGGAUCCCUAAAGUAACAAAUUCAUGACAGGUUCUUCCUUCUCAGUUUCCAAGUUUGAAUACAUAGAACCCUGAAGGAGGAGGAGGAGAGAUUCCUUUCCGUUCGUAGAUUUGUAGAUUACUGACCCAUCAUCUUGUCUUAAAAGUUGGUAACUGGAAAACUUUCACUGGCAACUUAAAAUGGCUCAAACGGGGCAGACAGGGCGGUUCAGCGAUGCAUAGCUGAACUAGUUAGGGGUGAGGAUCGAGGUUGAGAGGUUGAGAAAAGAAGAGACAACAGCAGCAUAC